AUGCAGUUCCAAAAGACACCACUCAUGCGUGCUGGAACGGAAGGCUCUUCAUGUCAAUCUGGAUACAAAAGCUUCAAUACGCGCCCACCACAUAGAAACAUCAGAUACCACUUCAUUCCAUACGGUUACUCCACACAUCACAGUCGUAAAACAGAAAACACGCCGUGCAAGUCUCAGAAAUCUCAAAAGUCUCUCUACACGGCAUGUCACACAGAAACCACGACACCAGGAUCAGAGAUGAUGGCCAUACCCAAUACUGCACCCAAGAUUCACAUACCGGAACACCCGCAAAAACACCUGCAGUUCACAAUAGGAGGCAAUGAAGACGCUUUCUAUACUGUCUUGAAGGCUCCAAGAAGUACAAGGGGUCAAUGCAGAGAGGAUAUCGCACUGGAGGGGCCUGCUGAGGUUGCACUUGAUCAUGUUCAUGUUCAGAAUCAAAAAACAGCACUUGAACAGCUGGCCCGUCAACAAUUACGGAGAAACCGAAUGCCCAAUUAUGUCGCCCGCUUCAAGAAGAAUCAAAUCAUUCUCAUACAAGAGGAAGAAAUGAGAUGCUUUUGCGAAGACGUAGCAGGCACGCCUCACAUUAGUGAGCUUCAAACUGAAGACGAUGUGGUCGCAGUGCCGCGCAUUGAAGUAUUUGGCCUAGGUGGCGAGAUUAAAAAUUUCCAGAGCUAUUGA